GAGUCGGAGCAGUCAGAUAGAGAGAGCAGUAGAGGCAGAAUAUAACGAGAACUAUGAAUUCAAAGAAAACAGUCUUUGUUAUUCUUUUUAUGAGCGGAUGGUUAAUCAUUAAUGCCACCACGUCUAUUAUAAAGGCCAGAGAUGUCCGAGAGUUGUCAAAGUCAAAAUAUAAGAUGGAUGGAUGUACUUUAUCAUCUUCUGUAUGAUGUUCACCGUGUGGAGUCAAAAAUAGAAAACUUGGAGAAAAGCAAGAGGGAUAUGAAUAAAGAAAUCAGAACACUUAAACAUCGGAGAAACACUGUAUGUGAAUCAGGCGUGAUCAAAUUAUACCACGGAGUUCAUCGCUUCUCCUGGCCAUAUGUCAAACAUAUUUAUUUCAAGAAACAUUUUGAGAAACCACCUGUGAUAACCUAUGGAAUCUUCACACUCGAUACUUCGCAUAAGAAAAACACACGAUUUCGUACUGAUGUGGUGUACAUCACGAAGUCAAAGUUUGCAUUAAAGUUGCGCACUUGGAAUGACUCGAUAACAUACGGAGUGGGAUUAAGCUGGAUGGCAUGUGGAAAAUGAUAAUUUAAACAACAAGACAAGCACCACUUCCAAUUAUAUUUAUAAGCAUUUUUCACCUUGCUUAAAAUGAUGGAAUUUAGAACUUUAACAAAAAGCUGUAUUUAUCAAAUAAAAGGACA